AUGCUUACUCUCGCAAAAACAACGAUGACUGAAUGGAUGUUGAAGUUCGUUUGUCCAAUAACUAAUGAAAUUAUGACCGAUCCAGUUACUGACCCUGCCGGCAACAGUUAUGAACGAUCAGCAAUUGAGAACUGGUUAAAACAACACUCCAUUUCGCCUAUUACGAAAGCUCCUCUGAAUUACAGUGAUCUCCAGCCAAAUCCAACAUUACUUGCAAGUAUCGAAGAGUAUCGUCAACAACUAUCAUCAGAGAACUCUCUGCAUAUGAACAUAGCAUCUAAAUUAACAAUAACAAGUACUUGGGCCGAUGGUUACGCACAUAUCUCUAUCCGGCCACCUGAAGGGGCAGGUGUUCGUGCACCAUGUGAUAUCUGCUGUGUAGUUGACAUAUCGGGCUCUAUGUCCUGUGCUGUAGAAAUUCAAGGAGCAAAUAAUAAAGAAAAAUGUGGCUUAUCUCAAUUAGAUCUUGUUAAACAUGCAAUCACAACAAUAAUACAUUCGUUGACGGCAGAAGACCGUUUAGCACUUGUAACAUUCGAUUCAAAAGCACAGGUUGUAUUUUCGUUACGUGAAAUGAAUGAUCAAGGCCGAGCGGAGUCAAUCAAGCAAGUAGAACAACUUCAAACAGCAGGCGCAACGAAUCUAUGGGAUGGGUUAGCAACGGGUCUAACUGUUUUAACUAAAGGACAACGAGCUUCAGGUAGUAAUGCUGCAUUAUUUUUAUUGACAGAUGGUGAGCCAACUGACAAUCCGAAGGAAGGCUAUCUGCCGGCAUUAGCAGCUCUGAAGGAGAAGAUUAAUUUUACGGGUUCAGUCAACACAUUCGGUUUUGGUUAUAGACUAAACAGUAAACUUUUGGAAGAGCUUGCUGAUAACGGUAACACUGGCUCAUACGCAUUCAUACCUGACGCUUCCUUUGUUGGUACGAUAUUUGUCAACGCUAUUUCAAAUCUUUUGACAACAGCUGCAACUAACUUGAGACUGACAGUUAGCAACGUAGACCCAACAAUCGAUCAAACAUCGACCUAUAUGUGUCACUAUAAAAUCGAACUUGUGGAUCGAAAGUCAACAGGCAGUAAUAGUUUACGCUUUCAAUUAGGUUCCAGUAUAUUCGGUCAAAGUAGAGAUGUCGUCAUUCCAAUGAGUGAAGAUCAAUAUAAAAACAUAGCCAUUUUACUUGAUUAUGAAUCUUCCCAUGGUACGAAAAAUAAACAAUGUGAUUCGUUUACACAACUGCCUCAAGAUUUGAAGUCAUUAAAUCAACAAAAAGAUCGAUUAGAAUUUGUUUAUUUUAUCCGUCAAGGUUAUAAAUCACUACGUGAAGAUCGCAAUGCAUUCAGUGCAAAUCAAUCGACAGUAGUAAAAACUCUGGAAGAAUUAGAAGAUAGAAUUCGAAAUCAUGCAACUGACGACAAAUACACAGCUGAUCUACUAACUGAUCUCACAGGUCAAGUAAAGGAAGCUUUCUCACGGCAAGACUGGUUUAACAAGUGGGGUGUACACUAUCUACCCAGCAUCACACGUGCCCAUUUGCUUCAGCAAUGCAACAACUUCAAAGAUCCAGGUGUGCAGCACUAUGGUCAAGGCGAACUGUUCAGCUCAGUGCGAGAUGAAAUGGAUGAAAUGUUCUGUAGUUUACCGGCACCACAACCUUCCAGUGGUACUAUUUCGCCUUCUGCUACACCUAUCAACAUGUCUACAUUCAAUGACGCCGACAAUCCCUGCUUUCAUGGAUCGUGCACUGUUCAACUCUUCGACGGAUCGAUCAAACUUGUCAAACAUCUUCAACGCGGUGAUCGACUUCAUCCACAUGGUGCAAGCAUCAACUAUGUCCUACGAACUAUCUGCCACAAUGCACAAGCACAGUUUAUUCUUUUUGAUGGUGGUCUCAUGAUUACACCAUGGCAUCCUGUUCGACUCGACGGUGUCCACUGGACAUUUCCAUAUUCACUUCCAUCAUCUGAACUGACGACAAUGCCAUGUGAAGCAGUGUAUAGUUUUGUGUUGAGUGGUGAAGGACACACGAUAUGGGUGAAUGAUGUUGAAUGUGUGACUCUGGGUCACGGUUUGCAAGAUGAUAUUGUUCGGCAUAACUAUUAUGGUAGUGAGCGAGUGAUCGAAGAUUUGCGAAAAUUGGAUGGAGAGCAGAAGUGUGAUGGGAUGGUUGAGAUUGAAUCGAAAUGGAUAAUGAGAAACAAGAGAACAGGUUUGGUAAAUGGUAUUCGUCGACCUCAAACAAAUAUAAUGAAUAUAGUUCAGUAA